AUGGAGGCGGCCGUCGGUGCGCCCGACGGCGGGGACCAGCGCGGCGCGGGGCCCCGCGAGGACGUGACGCCCAUGGACGCCUAUCUGCGGAAACUGGGCUUGUAUCGGAAACUGAUCGCCAAGGAUGGGUCCUGCCUGUUCCGGGCUGUGGCGGAGCAGGUAUUGCAUUCUCAGUCUCGCCAUGUUGAAGUCAGAAUGGCCUGUAUUCACUAUCUUCGAGAGAACAGAGAGAAAUUUGAAGCGUUUAUAGAAGGAUCAUUUGAAGAGUAUUUAAAACGUUUGGAAAACCCACAGGAAUGGGUUGGACAGGUGGAAAUAAGUGCCCUUUCUCUUAUGUACAGGAAAGAUUUUGUAAUUUAUCGGGAACCAAAUGUUUCUCCUUCACAAGUAACUGAAAAUAAUUUUCCUGAAAAGGUAUUACUGUGUUUUUCGAAUGGAAAUCACUAUGAUAUUGUCUAUCCCAUAAAAUAUAAAGAGAGCUCUGCUAUGUGUCAGUCUCUCCUUUAUGAAUUACUGUAUGAGAAGGUAUUUAAAACUGAUGUUAGUAAAAUUUUGAUGGGACUCAACACUGCUGAAGUAGCUGGUGAAAGCCACAGUGAAAUAUCGGAUUCAGAGGAUGAUAGUUGCAGGAGAAAAACUACCACUGCUAAUGAUGUAAAUGGAUUUAAAGCGCUGUCAAGUGAUCAGCACCUGAAAAACACUGGGAACUCCCACAGCCUUCCUUUGUCUAGAAAGGUUCUUCAGUCACUCAGUCCAGCAGUUUAUAGAAAUGUGGAAUAUGAACUCUGGCUCAAAUCUAAACAAGCUCAACAGAAACGUGAUUAUUCCAUUGCUGCUGGCUUACAGUAUGAAGUUGGGGAUAAAUGCCAACAGGUUAGGUUGGAUCACAAUGGAAAAUUUUCUAAUACAGACCUUCAAGGGGUUCAUUCUGAGAACGGACCAGUUUUGGUUGAAGAAGUUGGAAGGAAGCACUCACCGAAGACCCUCAAACCACCUCCCCCAGAAAGCUGGAACACAGUGUCAGGGAAGAAGAUGAAAAAACCUUCCCCUUCUGGACAAAAUUCCCAUUCUGAUACAGAUUACAGAGGGCCAAAGAAUUCAAGCAAGCCGGUAAAAGCUCCAUCAGCACUACCUCCUCGACUCCAGCACCCUUCAGGAGUAAGACAGCAUGCAUUCUCUAGUCAUUCUGCCGGGUCACCAUCUCAGAAACCCUCCAGUGAGCACAAGAAUCUUAGCAGGACACCCUCACAGAUCAUAAGAAAACCUGAUCGUGAGAGAGUUGAGGAUUUUGAGCACGCCAGUCGAGAAUCUAAUUAUUUUGGCCUCUCCCCAGAAGAGCGCAGAGAGAAGCAAGCUAUAGAAGAAUCUCGAUUACUUUAUGAGAUUCAGAACCGAGAUGAGCACGCUUUCCCAGCCCUUUCCAGUUCAUCAGUCAGUCAGUCAUCUUCUCAGAGUAGCAAUCCAUGCAUCCAGAGAAAAUCAUCAUAUGUGAGUGAUAGAAAAGGAAGCAGGCGGAGAAUGGAUACCGAAGAACGAAAAGAUAAAGACUCUAGCCAUGGAUAUACUCACCUGGAUAAAAAACCUGGGCCAAGCACAUCAGAGAAUAUUAAUGAUGAUAAGUGUGCAAGAAUUUCAUCACCAUCAAAGUCAAAGAAAUUAGAAUGCCCACCUCCUGCAGAACAAAAGCCAGCAGAACAUGUGUCUUUGUCAAAUCCAGCUCCCCUUCUGGUUUCUCCAGAGGUACAUCUAGCUCCUGCGGUGCCUUCUUUACCAGCCACUGUGCCAGCCUGGCCAAGUGAGCCUACAUCUUUUGGACCAACAGGUGUCCCUGCUCAAAUCCCGGUUUUAUCAGUGACACAGACCCUGACCACUGGACCUGAUUCUGCCGUGUCCCAAGCUCAUUUAACACCCUCUCCAGUUCCUGUGUCAAUACAGGCAGUUAACCAGCCCUUGAUGCCUUUGCCUCAGACUCUGAGCCUUUACCAAGACCCACUCUACCCUGGGUUUCCUUGUAAUGAAAAGGGAGAUAGAGCCAUUGCACCACCUUAUUCACUGUGUCACACUGGGGAGGACCUGCCUAAAGAUAAGAACAUUCUUCGAUUCUUCUUUAAUCUUGGUGUAAAGGCAUAUAGUUGUCCUAUGUGGGCUCCACAUUCUUACCUGUAUCCUCUGCACCAGGCUUACCUGGCAGCCUGCAGGAUGUACCCAAAGGUCCCUGUCCCUGUGUAUCCUCAAAACCCUUGGUUCCAAGAAGCUCCUGCUCAGAAUGAAAGUGAUUGUCCCUGUGCUGAUGCACACUUUCCUAUGCAGACUGAGCCCAGUGUUAAUGGUCAAAUGCCACAUGCAGAGAUUGGACCACCAACAUUUUCUUCACCUCUGGUUAUCCCUCCAUCUCAGGUGUCGGAAAGUCAUGGACAGUUGUCUUACCAGGCUGAUCUUGAAUCUGAAAACUCUGGACAUCUUCUUCAUGCUGAAUAUGAAGAGUCACUAAGUGGCAAGAAUAUGUUCCCACAACCAUCCUUUGGGCCUAAUCCAUUCUUAGGCCCAGUUCCCAUUGCACCUCCUUUCUUUCCUCCUGUUUGGUAUGGGUACCCCUUUCAGGGAUUCAUAGAAAGUCCAGUAAUGAGGCAGAAUAUUGUUCUGCCUUCUGAUGAGAAAGAAUUGGAUCUACCCUUGGAAAAUCUGGAUCUGUCUAAACAAGGUGGUUCAGCUUCAGCAGGUGAGUUUCAGGAGGCCAGAUGUGAAGACACACAACAUGCUAUCCCUGAAGCAGAUGUGCGUGAGCAUGAAGGCCGGGCAGAGCAGUCGUCCCAGACACCUAAGGCAGAUCUGGCAUUGGUUUCCAUCCCUCCAGUAGCAGAGGGAAAGGCUCAUCUUCCCAAUCAGAAUCUAAACAGAGAGAGAGAAACUGUGCCUGUUGAACCUGAGCCUAAAAGGACCAUUCCAAGUCUGAAAGAAAAACCAGAAAAAGUGAAAGAUCCUAAGACUGCUGCUGAUGUGGUCAGUGGGGCCAACUCUGUGGAUAGCAGACUACAGAGACCAAAAGAAGAGAGUUCAGAAGAUGAGAAUGAAGUGUCUAAUAUUCUGAGAAGUGGUAGAUCAAAGCAGUUCUAUAAUCAGACGUAUGGAGGCAGAAAGUACAAAAGUGAUUGGGGCUAUUCUGGUAGGGGAGGAUAUCAACAUACAAGAGGUGAGGAGUCCUGGAAAGGGCAGCCAAGCAGAAGCCGAGAUGAAGGCUAUCAGUACCAUCGAAAUGGCAGAGGACGGCCCUAUAGGGGGGAUAGGAGGAGGUCAGGGAUGGGAGAUGGCCAUCGGGGACAACAUACUUGAUGGCUGUUGUUGCAGUGUAUUAGAGCAGAAACUUUUCUUAGGUGGAAUGUUUCUAAAGGCUUUAAAAAAAUACAUUAAAAUAAAAACCCAAAUUGGAACUAUCUCCUCCCCUACCCCUUUACCCUCACUUCUAUUUUGGACAAGAGAUUUUGGAUAUGUGUUCAAGGGGGCAGGUGAAUUCCUGGCGUUGCCAUUUCUCUUUGUUCAAAAUCUGUUUAUUUAUGGGGUGACUGCCCCAUAAGUAGAAAAUAAGUUUAUUAAAGUAUUUUUUAUAAACAGCUUAAUAUAAAACAUUAUAGAUUUAGUGUUUGUUUGUUUUUCCCUUAUAUAAGUUUAAUUUUAAAUGUUGGAAAUGUGUGCUGUAUAGUGUUUACUAAAGUUACAAGAAAAUACACCAUUUGACAUAUGAUAGAUUCCAAAACAUAACAUUGCACCAAAUAGAAAUGUAUAUUUUAUUAUGCAAUGCCUUAGUCAUAAACUGGGCUCAAACAGUUCUUAGGCUAAAACACUGUUGUCUUUUGAAAUGCUUCCAACCCAAAGGCCUUUCAUCUCAAUAUCUGUCAAACUUGAAUAAUGUCUUCUUUUUAAUAUUACACAUAAGGCAGCCUAUUAACCUGUGUCUUAGAAAUGUUGUAUAUAGUUCUUUUAAUAUUAAUAGGGUAUAUUUUUGAAUUUUGGUAUUUGUUGAAUUUGAGAUCGCAUACUAGAACAUACGUUUAAGAAAUAAUAGGAAAUACAAUGAAAUGGCUGUUUCCACCAAGAAUUCUUAGCACUGGUGUAAAUAUGGUGCCUACUCGAAAGAAAUGUAGAUGCUAUGCAUUUUGAAAAUAAUCUGCAUCUGUUAAAACUGCAGAAGUUUUUUAAUGCCACUUUAACACUAAUGCACUGACAGAUUUAAAUAUUUUGAGAGACGAAAUGUUAAAAAUUUUUAGCUUGACAGGUUUCAAUAGAGUUCCUGUUUUGUUUUUUCACUUUGCACCAUUGGUUGUGUGCAUCACUUUACAUUUGCAUGUUCACUUUGUCACAGCUGGAACUAUUGUACAGAAAAGGAUGAUUGUGACUUCUGGUUCUUUUCUAGAGGAUGCUGCUAGAAAGUGGUUUUGCUCUGCAUUUUAUAUCUUGUUACCUCUUGGGUAACCUGUCCAUCCUGCUUCCUUCUUGUCUUCGUCUUCGCAGUAUUUCACUAGAAGUUCCCUUUGCAUGUUGCACUCUGUCCUCAUUUGGAGAUUUGACUUUGAAUUAACACAGUAUUCAUUAAUCUGUGUUAUACUGUAUAAUUAUAACUUUUAUUUCUCAUUUAUAUAUACUAAUGUGAAUAUAUACCCUUUUUUAUGUUCUUUUUUGAUCAGGAAGUUUGAGCGCUAUGCAAAUAAAGUAGUAAUUUCUCUUUGCAUGCCAUGUAUAAUAUACCUAGCCAAAAAUGAAUAUUUUUAAAAAAAAGCAAAUACAAUUCACUUGAAUUUGACAAACUGAAACAGAUGAGUUUUCUGGGUUCUCUGAUAACAUACAGAAUUAUUUGGGAUGCCAGCCAGGCUCUGAAUCUCCACUGUACUGUAAUAAUGGUUAUUUUACCUCUGUUUUAAUUACCUAAUGUCUGUGUAACUGCUGAUUCAAGUAGUGAUUAUCAUUAGAUGUUUUGUAACAUAGGAUUUUAGCGAGCACUUUGAAAGAUGUAUUAUGAUGGUGCUAAGUAAAAACUUUAAAGACUAAGAUGAUUGUGUGGGAAGUACUGAGAGAACCUGCUGAAAGGAAUUUCUGUUGUCACCUUCUAAGCUCUAACAAUUGGGGAAGGUACUGCUUAAGCCAUUUUUUUCUUAGUUAACAUCAGUUGUUAUGGAAUGAGACUAGCGGGUCCUUUAUUCUCAGCUCAUAUUUUUUAAUGUAAGAUUAGUGUAUCUGAUAGUUUUUAUGAAAAUCACCUUUAGAUAUUAUGGCCAGAUUUAAAAGUUCAAUGUAAAUUUAAACUCAGGAGACAAAAAAAAAAAAAAAAAAUACAAAAAAAAAAUGGUGUUUCCAACGUCUUUUAUUGACUGGGAUUUGAUCUUCUCACUUUCUUUUGGAAAAGUUGAAAUUGGAUAGGAAAGAAUACUGUUCAUUUCUUCACUGUCUUACCUCAGUUGAGUAACAACAUACUCUAUAGUUCCUGUAAGAAAUACUGAUUUUCCUGUUUCCCAUAUUUACCUCCAGGACAUGAUGGAAACAGUGCUGAAAGAGAACUUUGCAGAUGGUACUUUACUCAGUGACCUCUGGAAUAAAAGAACUCUGAAUUUUGAUAAUUAGUUUUAAAAUUAUGAGUCCUUGCAUGAAGGUCAGUUUUUUAUUUUAAGUUUUGUUUUAAAUGUUUUCAGGGGAUUUGCCUUAUGCCGAGGUUGAACCAAGUGAGCUUUUGUCCUUCAUUUUGAUUGAGUCAUAUGGUAUGUUGACAUGAGAUACAAUGUUUAUCAGACAAUGUUUCCAUAUAAGAAAAACUAAUGCUUAGAAGUGAGAAUCAUUUUUAUUUUGAGUCGGAAAUUAUGGAACUUCACUGUAUUAAGAUUAUAUACAUUUUAAAAAACAAAUGUUUAGAAUGACCAAGGGUCACUUCUUUUGGCUUUUGCUAAACUUGAUUUUGACCUUUUUAUUACUGGGUAUAUUUUUCUUCAAGCUCUUCUGAUAAAAUCUUCCUCUUGCUCCAUGUACUCCUUGGAACCAGGAUGCUAGCAUCUGUGUAAUUUUCAUUCUGUUUUCUGGUAACCCAUAUAUUCAUUUUCAUCUUGACUUGAGCUCAGACCCUGCCUUGAUCUGGCAGGAGUAGGUUUUCCCAAACCACAGUGCUUAGUUGAUAUAAACUGUAUAUUUUGCAUUAUGUUUCCUUUGUGAUUGAAGAUUGAAUUAAAAUGCCUGUGAACUGCAAACUUGCUUAUGAUUGACUUGGUGCAAUAAAGUUCCUUUCUAACCAUUUCUGGUUUAGAAAACAUUCAGCCAUCCUAGAAACUAGCAAUAUUUAUUUAUGUCUCAUUUAUUUUACCUUCAGUUUUAGAUGAGGGAAUUGUAGUCUUUCACUUGUGGGUACUAAGCAAGGUCCAUUUUGGUGUAGCUGAAGAGAAUGCAUAUUUGGCUACACUAUUUCUGUUUACUAUGUUUUGUUUCUUGUUUAAAACCUUAAUAAUGGCUCAGUUCCAGCAUGUCAGUCUCAAAGAACUAAGGUUUUACUACUAGUGUCAGCCAUUUACUUUCCCACUAAUCGGGACACCCCUCCCCCAGCCCCCGAAAUAAGUUUUAGAAAAUCCUAGUAAAGGGGAGAGUGCAUGUCUUAAUGCUGGGGAACAGCAACUUUGGUGUUGAAUUUUACUUGAAUGGAUUAAAAUUGCAUUGUUACAGAGAUAGAAAAAAAUUUAAGUAUGAAAAAUAAUAGCCUUAUACUGAGUACAAAUAAUACUUUAAAAGCAUGUGAAGAUGUGAUCAUUUGUGAUGUUACUUGUAAAAAAUUAUAUAUAAAUAUCUUUGGAAGUGUUGAAAGGAAAAUAGUACUUUAUAUUCUUUAUCAUAUCACUUUUUGUAAGUGUUGCAUAUAUUCCUGUUUAUUUUUCUAUGUUCUGUUUUGUAGCCUUAAGAAGUGUUUCAAACAUAUCUGAAUGUAUCAGAGUAAAUGCCCUACAUGGUGUGAUGCUGCAUUAUAUAUGAAACUGUGUGCAUAUAUUAAAUUUUGUCUGUUGA